AUGAGCGCAUUGCAGAGAUCGUCCUACUCAUUCCGGCGGCAGGGCUCCUCCGGCCGCAUUUGGGACAGCAGGAUUCAAUUCCCCGACGCCAAGUCGUCGACUCCGUCGCCCCGCGACAAAUCCGGGGAUUUCAGCUUCCAUCCCAUCUCGAGAUCUAAUCGUCAGCUCAUCGAUGCAUCUCCACAAUCACGACGAUCAAAUUCCACGGCGAUGGAGGUGAAUACGCCGCCGUCUGAUCCUAAACCUCGUCGUCGCGCCCUCGGCUCUGUUUUUGGCUGUUGUGCCUGUUCCAAGACCUCCUAA